AUGGAUAUAUCGACACCCCGCCUCGGCCUAAUCGCGCGCCGACCCCGGGAGCGGGGCGCGGUGAACGCUAAGAGAACGGUGCUCUCCACAGCGUACCAGGCGGUUGGCUGGGGCACGGCGAGCAGACAGUUGCGCGUAGUGCGCUCUAGAGAUCGCGCGGGGCGCACGGUGCGGCAGCGCGCGCGCAUACGGGCGUGGCGUGAAGGAUGUGCCGGUAGCUGGGGAGGCGAGCGCGCAGAGGCGCAGAUAUGCUGGGGGAGGGGGGGGGGCGGGGACGGCAGCGGGAUGAGAUAA